AUGUUUCUGCAGUAUUACCUCACCGAGAAAGGGGAUUGGGUUUACACUCUAAGGAAAACAGACCCUGCAGGACAACAGACCUGCUCAGCUCACCCAGCCAGAUUGUCUCCAGAUGGUAAGUACUCAAGACACUAUAUCACUAUCAAGAAGAGAUUCAAGGUUCUCAUGACCCAAGAAGUACAAUUGGUCCUCUGA